AUGGCACCAUAUCUCCAAGACGAUAGCUUCUCUAGCAGCAGUGAGGCCUCGACUCCUCCGCUAUUGGCAAGAGUCGACCGUGACAAUGCUCCCCAGCCGGAGCCUAUUGCUAUUGUUGGCAUGGGCUGCCGUCUUCCCGGUGGCAUCAAGAACCCGGACGACCUAUGGAAACUUCUCAUCGAGCAGCAAUCUGGACAGUGCGAUGUCCCUUCAUCACGCUGGAAUAUCGAGGGCUUCUACCAUCCCAACGGCCAGCGCCCUGGUAGCAUGAAUACCAAGGGUGGCUACUUCAUCCAGGACGACAUCCGGCAGUUCGACAACAGCUUCUUCGGGAUCAACAAUCUGGAAGCAACCUACAUGGAUCCGCAGCAGCGGAAGCUAUUGGAGGUCUGCUACGAGUGCUUUGAGAGUGCCGGUGCUACACUGGAGGACAUCGACGGGGCCAAUGUUGGAUGCUAUGUUGGCAAUUUCACCAUCGACUACAUCACCAUGCAGGCCAAGGAUGCGGAGUAUUUCCACCGCUACCAUGCGACGGGCAUGGGGACGACGAUUCUUUCCAAUAGAAUCAGUCAUGUAUUUAACCUGACGGGUCCAAGUGUGGUUCUAGAUACUGCCUGCUCGUCAUCCCUAUACGCAAUCCACAUGGCGUGCGCAGCUAUCGACGCCGGCGAAUGCGACGCCGCAAUCGCAGCCGGGGCAAAUCUGAUUCAAUCCCCAGAGCAGCAUCUAGGGACCAUGAAGGCGGGUGUUCUUUCUGGCACAUCAACCUGCCACACCUUCGACACCUCAGCGGAUGGAUACGGCCGCGCUGACGGAAUCGGCGCGCUGUAUUUAAAGAAGCUGAGCAAGGCGCUCGAAGACAACGAUCCGAUCCGGGGAGUCAUUCGUGGCUCAGCGGUGAAUGCUAAUGGGAGGACCAACGGGAUCACACUCCCGAGUUCAGAUGGACAGGAGGCAGUUAUUAGAAAAGCGUAUGCGAAGGCUGGACUGGAGCAUAGGUUCCAUGAAACGAACUACGUGGAAUGCCACGGCACCGGGACUGCGGUGGGAGACCCUAUUGAGCUAGAGGCUGUGUCUCGCGUCUUUAAGAAGCGCCCUGUGCAUAGUCCGUUAUACGUUGGUUCUGUGAAGACAAAUCUGGGACACUCGGAAGCAGCGUCAGGCUUUUCGAGCGUCUUCAAGGUGCUGAUGGCCAUGGAAAAGGGUACCAUUCCGCCCACGAUUGGGGUGCAGAAGCUGAACCCGAAGAUCAAAACGGAUGACUGGCGAGUGAAGAUUGUUACUAACUCGAUGGACUGGCCGAUUACAGGGCCUAAUCUGCUGGUCCCGAGGCCGGUUGUUCGUGCUGGUGUGAAUUCCUUUGGGUAUGGAGGCGCAAACAGCCACCUCAUUCUGGAGUCUGUCGACAGUUUUGCUCCUGAACGGUUAGGGCUUUCUUCGAUGGCGCUGUCGGAGAUGAAGUCCACCUUCAUCCUUCCGGUUUCUGCAAACUCGUGGAGCUCGCUCGAGGGCCAAAUACGCAGCUUGUCGUUGCUUGAUGCUGAACAUGUUAAUGCUGUCGAUCUAGCGUACACCCUGGGCACGCGCCGGUCAAAGCUUCCUUGCAGGGGUUACGCCCUUAUAGGGCAGGCUGGUUUGAGUACCAUGAGCCUGGAGGAUUUCACCACUGGCGAACAAAAGCCGUCCACCAAGCUGCCGUUUGCCUUUGUAUUCACAGGACAGGGCGCUCAAUGGGCCCAAAUGGGCAAGGAGCUUAUCCAGGAAAUUCCGUCCUUCCGAAAAAGUCUCGUUGAGCUGGAUAACGUCCUGCAGAAGCUUCCUCAUGCUCCGUCAUGGUCUCUACGACAGGCCCUGUUAGACCCCAAGGAGACGUCCCAGAUCAACCACGUCACUCGGUCCCAGCCAUUGUGUACUGCAAUCCAGAUUGCCUUUGUCGACCUGCUUCGAAAAUGGGGCAUUGAGGCUGAAGGAGUCAUUGGACAUUCGUCUGGUGAGAUUGCCGCUGCAUAUGCCGCUGGAGUCUUGACGGCAGCCGAGGCGAUCAUCGUUGCGUACUACCGGGGCUAUGUCGUUGGCCAUAGUUCAGCUCUGGCUCAUCGGAAAGGAGGAAUGGUUGCGGCAGGUGUAGAUAGAGACACCGCGGACAGAGGUAUUGAAGCCCUUGGUCUUACGGAGUCUAUUAGGGUUGCCUGCGUCAACUCCCCCGAGAAUGUGACCAUCAGCGGCGAUAUCGAGGGAAUCGAUAAGAUCCUCGCCUACCUACAGAGCAAAGGGGUGUUUGCACGGAAGCUGAACACAAACGACCGUGCGUACCACUCCCACCAUAUGGCCUUGAUUGGGGAGGACUAUGAGGAGCUCCUGCGCGACAACCUGCCUACGCACUAUCUCCAGAAAUACCGGAAGACUCGAUGGAUUUCAUCUGUCACUGGCCAGGCCGUCACUGGAAAGGUCCAGCCGUCAUACUGGAGAACUAAUCUGGAAUCGCCCGUGCUAUUCAGCGAAGCAGUGGAAGGUCUCAUGCAUGGAUCCAAGUACCACUUGAUUGAACUCGGACCACACUCGGCUCUAGAGCUCCCAAUCAAGCAGACAAUGUCAACUCGAGGCAUUAAACCGGGGUCUUUUAACUACUCCGCCGCCCUCACCAGAAACAAAAACGGCCUUACGUGCUUGCUGAACCUAGUUGGAGACCUCUUCCUCCACGGCCACUCCAUUGACUUCGCCCAAGUCAACUACGUCGAAAGCCCAAUCACUGCCUUGGCUGUCCAUGAUUCGAAAUACCCAUCUCACCAGCAAGGAAACGUCAUUCCAAACCUCCCUCCCUACGCAUGGAGCUACGACACACUCCUAUGGAGCGAGUGCCGCGCAAGCACCGAGUUCCGGCAGCGCAAGCAUCCCCACCACGAUCUGCUCGGGUCGCAGAGACCAGGUGGCGACGGGGUCCAGACGAUCUGGAGGAACUUCCUGAAGGUCGAAGACGUACCGUGGCUAGUUGAUCACAAGCUCAAUGAAACUGUUGUCUUCCCAGGCGCCGGAUAUAUCGCUAUGGGCAUUGAAGCGAUCUGCCAAGUCAGUGGUCGGAAUGUCUCUGAUGCAGCACUGGGAGUUGGACUUAGGCAGUUCCGGAUCCUUAAGGCUUUGGUCCUAUCUACCGACUCGAAUGCUGCCGGCGUGGAGAUCUUCACUACCCUCAAGCGUAUGGCGUUAUCGGCGGCGACGAGUUCGAAGACGUGGUGGGAGUUCGAAGUGACGAGCUACCAGGAUGGGAUGUCCACUGCCCAUGCAACCGGAAAGAUCAGGAUUACAGAGGACAAGGAAAAGGACCUGGUUAAACCGGAUAUCAUUCCGACAGAGACCAAGACCGAGUUCGAAGCCCUCGCAAUCCGCAACUGGUACGGACAGUUCACCAAGGUAGGACUAAACUACGGACCUCAAUUCGCUGCACUUGAAGAGAUCCGGACGCCGAGGGGAAAAGUCGGUCGAUACUCCCUGUCAAAGACACAGCUUCUGCAGGGGGGUGGGGCGGGCAAGGCGGCUCAGUCGAGAUAUCUGGUCCACCCCAUUACGAUUGACGUUAUGCUGCAGGCUGGGAUUAUUGCCAGCACAUCAGGAACGAUCAAGGAUCUCCGUGCUCAUGUACCGGUGUCCAUUGAAGAGGCAUCUUUUCGGGCUCCUAGCUGUGCGUCACAUGAACCGUACCAUAUUGAUGCCACGGCAAAGAAGAUAGGAUUCUCGGCCUAUAUGCUCAACGCUUGUUUAUAUGAUCGUGAUGAACGUCCAUGUGUUAGCCUGGAGAACGUGCGUGUUACCGGAUAUCAAGGAGCAGCCCAGGCGUCUGAUGAGGAGAUGCGCGAGCCCAUGCUUCGAGUACUGUGGAAGCCCGACGUAACGACCAUGACCAGUGACGGGUUAACGCAGUAUCUAUCUUCGUUUGAAAGCACUGGAGCGCAGAUGGCCGCCGUUGUCGAUAUCAUUUCCCACAAGAGCCCUAGACUCCGGAUCCUGGACAUGACAGGCAGCGAUGAGCUUACUGUGGGAUUCUUGGAUGUUCUUCACGAAGGCACAGCAUUCAAACGGUAUAGAGCGUACUUCAAAAGCCAUAUCGCGGACGAUGGCGAGUUGUUCCUCAAGGCAGUACACUCCAAACCGGCCAACGAUGGGGAUAAUUUGACCAAGUUCAACAACAAGGAUAAGUUCGACCUUGUCAUCGUUGGGAAUAACUUCUCAGAAUGGUCUCCACGGUUGACUCAGAUAUUGGAGGAAAAUGGUACCAUUUUGAGGAUCGCGUCGACUCCAUCGAACCUCUUGGAUGAAUAUACAACGCUUCGCACCGCAACUCAGACAGGGUUUAACCUGGAGAUAAUAACACCCAAUGACAAGGAAAAGCCAGAAAUCACGCAUGAUGACAUCCUGAUAGUGGAAAACGCAGAUAACAGCCCACUUGGAACUGCGCUGGCCCAGUAUCUCUCCCAUAUAUUCAACCGGCCUGUCCGACGGGCUCUCCUAGGCGAGCUCUCCGAAGGCACAAUCACACCAAAAACGCUAGUUAUCUCAGCCAUAGAGCUAAACAGACCUGUUCUCGCAUCCUUGACAGCGGAAGAGAUGGUCUCCAUAAAGCACAUCACCGACAAUGCUCUUAACCUGCUAUGGCUGACCGCAGGCGACGCCCUCAACGGCACCCGACCAGACUUCGCCUUAAUGUCUGGUCUUUCCAGAGCUUUGAUGCUGGAGCAGCCAUCCCUGCACAUUACAAUGCUAGAUCUGGAUAUUACUCUACCAACACCGCAGACUUUGAAGAGUAUUGCAGCGGUGCUGCGCCAAAGUCUCGACUCUGCGGUUCCUGACUGCGAGUAUGUCCUGAAGAAUGGUGUCCUCCAUAUUAGUCGUAUGCUGCCUGAGGAGAACAUGAACCAAACUUUCCGGGAGAAGCAGGAUGAGAUUCCCAGACUCAUUCCGUUGAAGGAUGCUUCACCAGCAAAGCUUAGCAUUGGCAGUGUUGGACAAUUUGAUACUCUUACAUUCCGACAGGAAACGACGGAUGAGUCCCCUUUGGCACCGGGGACUGUUGAGAUUGAAGUAAAAUCCGUCGGACUAAACGCAAAGGACUUCUACGCUCUCGCCGGGAAAGUCAACACGCAAGACGCCGCCUGCAAGCUCGAAUGCAGCGGCAUUGUAACCAAAGUCGCUUCUUCAGGUAUUCAGCAUCUCUCCGUCGGCGAUCGCAUCGUCGCCAUGGGCCCCGGUCAUUUCAGCACCCACGAGCGGAUCCCCGAGUGGGCGUGCCAGAAGCUACUGGACACCGAGGACUUGGAUGUCGUGGCUACUCUGCCUCUGGUAUUUUCGACGGCGAUUUAUGCUCUUCGUCACCGUGCAAAUAUCCAAAGCGGCGAGUCCGUGCUCAUCCACUCCGCCGCUGGAGGGUUGGGCAUUGCUGCUAUCCAGAUUGCGCAGUUAGCCGGCGCUGAGAUCUACGCGACUGUCAGCACGGAUGAGAAGAGGGCGUAUCUAAUCGAGACGUUCGGGGUGAAAAGGGAGCGGAUCUUCAAUUCACGCUCUUCUUCGUUUCUGGGUGAUAUACUGGCUGUUACCGGUGGGAGGGGUGUCGAUGUUGUCCUGAAUUCGCUGACGGGGGACCUGUUGCAUGAUAGCUGGCGGGCGUGUGCUCCGUGGGGACGGUUCGUUGAGGUGGGCAAGCAGGAUAUUGUCGAUGCUGGGAACCUCGAUAUGGAGGUGUUCCAGCGCAAUGUUACCUUUACUGCGUUCGAUCUCAGCGAGCUUUCUGAUGAGAUCCAGCCCCGGCUUAAUCGGGUUGCUGCGAGUCUGCUGGCAGAAACCAUGUCCCUGUACCGCGAAGGAAAGAUCAAGUCGAUCCAGCCCUUGAAGGUAUUUGACGUCUCUGAGAUAACGCAGGCCUACCGAUACUUUGGCCUGGGCAAUCGAAUGGGCAAGGUAGCUAUUUCUCUACGGAAUGGAGAGUCCCUGGUCCCGACGCUGUCUCGCAAAUACACUUCAGCGUUCAGCCCAGACAAAUCGUAUCUCAUGGUCGGCUGUCUGGGCGGACUCGGUAGAAGUAUAUCGAAGUGGAUGGCCAAGCAAGGCGCCAGGAAAUUCGUCUUCAUCGGCCGCAGUGGCACCGACAAAGAACCGGCGAGGCUCCUCGUGGAAGACCUUCAGUCGUCCGGCGCAGAAGUGGUCGUCGUCAGAGGAGAUGUAGGAGUCUACGCCGAUGUCCAGGCAGCGGUGUCUGCAACCAAAGGGCCAAUUGGGGGUAUCAUCCAAGCUGCAAUGGGACUGAACGAAGCACUAUGGACACGAAUGCCGGUGGAAUACUGGCACACGGGAAUCGAUCCAAAGCUCAUCGGGUCCUGGAACCUGUACAACGCACUGGAAGACCGGGCCGGAGAUCUCGAUUUCUUCCUAAUGACCAGUUCAGUAUCCGGCAGCGUCGGCACUGCAACAGAGGGAAACUACUGCGCCGCGAAUUACUUCCUGGACGUCUUCGCCCGCUUCCUACGGAGCAAGGGCCUCCCGGGGAUCUCUAUCGGACUGGGCAUGAUCUCAGAGGUUGGAUACCUGCAUGAAAACCCGGAGAUUGAAGCCCUUCUCCUGCGCAAGGGCAUCCAAGCGAUUAACGAGGAUGAGCUGCUGCAGAUCAUAGACAUCUCGCUGGCGUCUUCGUGGAGCAGCAAGAAGCCGUACGACUAUGAUCGCAUGGCCUCAUGCCAUGUCCUGACCGGCCUCGAACCCCUAGGACUAAAGCGCCUACAGAAAGCCGGCUUCAGCGGCAGCAAUCCAACCCUAAAUGACCCACGAGCAGCAGUUCUCGCCUCAGUCCUAGACAGCGAUGCCGAUCAAGCUCUCAAGGGAAAUGGGGGCUCCGAUAUGCCGUCGGACAUUGAAGCCGUCACUGCUAUGAUUGUGCAGCGGUUCUCUAAUCUUGUUCUGCAGCAGGUCGACAAGAUCGAUCCGGCCAGAGCGCUGUCGAAGUUUGGAAUGGAUAGUAUGCUGGCGGCGGAGUUUCGGACCUGGUUCUAUCAGGCCUUCAAGGUGGAUGUUCCUUUCUUGACGCUGUUGGCCGAGUCGACUACGCUUACGGCGCUGGGGGAGUUGGUUAUGGACCAGAUGGGUAGGUAG